AUGCCUCCCCCAGGCCCGUCUCCUGGGUCCACUACGCCGGCCUCCCUCUCCCAUUUUGCCAUAUUCAACCCUUACCUCAAGCCUUCCGAGAUUCACAAGAAUCCCAACGAAGAAGAGAGAGAUAGAGAUGAUGAGGAUGAUCAGAGGGAGGCAGCACAGAUCUUAUUCUAUACUGCCAGAGAGGGUGGAGGAGUCAGUCGGAAUACGAUGCUAAGGCAGGUAGGACUAGCUAAGGGUUUGAUGGCGUUUGGAGAUAUGGUAGCGAAAGAAGACGCCAAGUUCUGGUCGAUACGCUCGCACAAACAACGUUUAAUAAUCUACACCCCAGAGCCCGACUUCUACAUCUACAUCUGCAUUCUACUGGCGAACGUAGGCGAAAACAAUGACCCCGCUCCAGCUGCUCAGGGUCUGUCAGACCAGUUACUGGUCUCUGGUUUGACUAGAGGGUAUGAAGACUUUCGCCUUCUCCAUGGCACCUUGUCAUCUCAGACCCCUCUCACACCCUCCACUUCCUCUACAGUCGACAGAUUCUUCACUCGCUUCGCCUUUGAAUACGAAGCCUCUCACGUUUCGGAGUCACCGUCGAUGAGAAAGUGGUUGGGUGGGUUCCCGCUUGUGCAUGUGUCUCUUGACGAGACUGUAAACACAUUCAUGAAGGAGUGGGGUGAGGAGUACCCAAUGAUGAUAAUCGGCAAAGACGGUCCUCUACAUACCAGUUCCGAGAUCACCGACCUCCCUCUCCUCCGCCACCUGACUCACCUCGUUCAACUCUCCCUACCCCCUCCACCUCCACUUCCCGUAUCCUCGAAGGCCUCCAAAGCAGAGCAAACCAGCUCUCUCGGCUUUGGCCUCCUGAGUUUAGGAGCAGGCAAGAAGAAAGCACCAAAUGAUUUGGAGAAGGGACGGAAGGCCAGUUGGCCGACUUUGGGCUGGGUGCCAGACUUGCGUCGGGUUUCCUCCCCUUCUCUGCCUUCUUUCCAAGCAUUGUACAACACUUCGCUUCCUCAGCCUCCUGCAGUUCUCCCGCCUGUAUCGGAAGCGGGGAAAGGGGCAGAUGUGGGGCAAGACAAGAAGAAUUGGGACUUUGGCCUGGGCGCUAUAGGCGACGCGGUGGGGAAUGUGAGGAAUGUUUUCGGGCUUCCGGCGCUACCUGGGAAGGGGACCAAGCCUGCUUCCGGCACAAAGUCUGAGGCGACACAGGAGAUCUCCGAAGCUGCCUCGGAGGGCACUGAGAGCGACGUUAGUGCGACCAUCGUCCCUUCUCUGCCAUCCGAAACUUCGGAGACUCCCGAACCAGCCCCAGAAGUGCCAGACACGAUCGUCCCGCAAGUCGUCAAAGAGCUGGAUGAAGCUGAGAGAGAAGAAGACCCCCAGGGGCAAGUAGAAGCUGGCGACGUUUCUCUUCCUGAACUAGCAGAAGCCGUCCAAGCGGACGAAGAGAUGGAGUGGGAUGAUCGGUCGGUAUGGAUUACCGAAGCGGGAGGUGGGCUGGAAGAAAGGAGACUGUAUUGGAUCAUUCGUGACACAAUCCUGAUAGCCAUCAUUCUCCCCACAAAACUCGAAAAACCAUACCCUCUCCCACCCAGUGUCCUUACGCUCAAGCUCGUCGCUUCGAUCUCCUCUCUCAUGUGGCCUCCACCAGAAAAGGGCAUCAAGUCUGAGAAGGGAAAGGAAAAAGAAGGGGCGUGGGUGUAUCAGAGGGGUGACCAGAUGCAGGAAGAAGGCGAGAUACCUAAAGAUCUCGAAAAGACUUUUGUCAACUUCCGUGGGGCUUUUGCCAGAUCACCAGUCAUUAACGAAUUCAUGGGCAAGACUGCUUCGUCCAGGUUCGUGGUAGCAAAAAGGAAUCAAGAGAGUGAGAUGUAUCUGGCUUGUGCGCCAGCGGACGGGAGUCUUACGGAUGCAGAACAGUCUCUGCGAGCGAUAGUAAGAGCUCAUCCGGAGAUUGAAAUCUAG